AUGACAACAACAGUAACCGAGACUGUUGAUCCCAGUUUGUGGCCUUCGCAAUGGACAGACGAACAAGAAUCAGCGCUCCUGCAAGCUAUUAUCCGGUGGAAGCCAGUUGGUAUUCAUAAACACUUUCGAAUCAUCGCAAUACGAGACCAUCUCCUGUCACAGAACGUGAUCAAUGGCGAGGACCCUCAUACCACCAUUGCUGGAAUAUGGGCCAAGCUUUCCAUGCUAUACGAUUUGUCCAAGCUCGACGAACGGGAAAAUGCCACCGUCGAUAUUUCCGACGACCCAGAGAACGAGACACUCUACUAUAGAGAUUUCGAACUACCCAGGGAAGAUUUUGAGGAGAUGAUGUGGCAGAAACGCCUUGCGCCCGAUGGGACACAAAGUCCCGAAUGGUCGAGAAGGGAAAGCACGGUCGCCGACACGGAUGAGCCACGGUCGAGUCCUAUCCCGGCAGGCUCGGCUAGAGGAGGACGGAAGACUCGCCGAGGACGGUCUUCUCGAUUACAGAAUGAAGUUGAGACGGACCGAAGUAGUAGGCUAACGAGCAAAGCGAAUAGUAUUGCGGAUGAGGAUCAACCUAUGGACGACGCGGGCGAAGACGAAGAAGACGAGCAAGCCACCGGCGAUGACGAGGAAAGUGAGGAGGAAGAAGAGCAAGAGGAGAAGAAAGGAUCUACGAGAGGCGGUCGAGGCGGAAGGAGAGGUAGAGGCAGAAGAGGACGAAGGGGAAGAUGA